AUGCUUCUCUAUCACACUUGCGUGCUUCUCGUUUUCUUCUCGCUCUGCCAUGGUUUUCACUUCUUAACAUUCCCACCUCCUCGGGAUCCUGAUCUCGAUGGGCUUCUCUCGAAUGGCCUCUUUGAGAAAACCUCACUGACAUCAGAGAUGAAGGGUCGACAAAUAAUCGGCACAGACAAUCUCUCUGACUGGCAAAUCUCUGGCUACGUGGAACUAAUAAACUCCGAUGAGCCUCCGCCCGGAGGAUUCAAUUUUUCGCUCGCAUUUGGGUCCAACGCUGUUAGACUAGGAAACUCUGGGUUAAUCUCUCAAGAAGUUAGUGUGAAGCGUGGUUUGGUCUACUCUCUAACGUUCGGAGCCACUAGGAGUUGCGCUCAGAACAUGAACAUCAAAGUCUCUGUGUCCGGUCUGUCAGACAAUAUUCCCAUCCAGACCAUGUUUAGCUCAGACGGUGGGGAUAGUUACGCUUGGGCUUUCAGGGCAAUGUCCGAUGUGGUUAACGUCACUCUCCAAAACCCUGAUCUUUCUCUGGACCGUACGUGUGGACCCCUUGUAAAUGUUGUCGCUAUAAAAGAAAUUAUCCCUCCCCCCCAAUUUCGACGUUCGUGUUUUCACACCUUUAGCAGCAGGGUGAAAAACGGAAGAUUCGACAUCGGUCCAUACGUGUUCGCUAAAUACUCGACCGGAGUCCUGAUUCCCUCAAAGAGCCAAGAAGAUUCCAUCUCUCCGUUUCGAGAAUGGUUCGUCGAGUCCCCAAAAUCGGUGAAGUAUAUCGCUAAUAGUAGUUUUGAGCUUUCGACUACACUCCUCGCCGUCGAGCUCAUGGGCGGAAGAGAAAGCGCAAUCUCUCAGGUCAUCAAUACAGAGGCCGGGGGAGAAUACUUUCUCAGGUUUUGGGUGGGAGACGCACACAACGACUGCCACGGGUCCAUGAUGGUGAAGGCGUUUGUGGAGCAACUACCCACUCAAAGAUGUCUCCUUUCCUGA